GUCAUUCCAGUUGUAACUUACAAUAUACAGCAAUAUUAUUAACGAAAUAGUUUAGUACAUAAUAAUACAUCAUGUAUGAUGACUUGUCUAGAAUUUAUUUUGUUAAUUUUGAUAUUUUAUAUCAAUCUUAAAUGAAACCUAACAUGGGACUUUGAAAACUAUUAAAAAUAUUUGAAGAAUUUCUUUUUAUUCAAGGCGAUUUUUUAAAAACUAUUAAAAUAAUUUAUUUUUAAAACGACUUAAUCAUCAUGACAGCUCAUGUAAUGUGUCUCACUUCAUCAGGUGGAAUUCCUUUAUUUGUUAGAAAAAAAGGAAAUGGCGAUUUGAUGACUUUCUCAAAAAUGGCAUCGUUAAAUGGAGUUCAUAUGUUUUUAAAAACACAUAACAUUGAACUAUUGAAUACAGAUAUGCCAGAUGCAACUAUUGUUUGGAAAGAAUUUCAUAAAUGCAUUAUUUUAAUUGCCAUUGCUAAUGCUAGUACCAAAAAAAUCAUUAAUGAACUUCUUGAAGCAGUAUUCAAUACCAUGAUACUAUUUAUUGGUCUUAAAGAUAUUCAGCAACCUAGAAGUGUUGAAAGAUUAAAAAGAGAUUUACGCUCUUGUUAUCCAGUAAUAGAUAAACUUUUAGAGUGUUCUGACAUAGGUGAUGCUAUGGGAUCUAAAUCAGAUUUGAUUGAUCUUACAAAUUGUAUCAUGUGCUCCGAAAAUCAUUUGCUUCAAGUCUGUCUGGAAGGUUACAUGGAAUGUUUGGAAUCAUUAUAUGGAUGUAUGCUAAUACAUAAUUGUAUUGCUGUUGCUACAAAUAGUUGGUGGUCAUUGGAUUUGAUUGAAAGAAAAUUACUAAUGUUAGCUACAACAUCAGAAAACAGUAGUACUAUUAGACAGUUGCCAAUUUUUUUACCUAACAAAAGCCCAAAUAUAGCUUAUCGUUUGGUAAAUGUGACUCUGGUUAAUAACAUAAGAAUUUUAGCUUUAUGUGGACCUAAUCCAGAAUUGUCAGAAAUAGAAAAAUUAACACUUCAGAUUUGGAAAAAUAGUACAGACUUAUUACAAGCUUCUGAACAAUGCUAUCCUAGAAAUCUUCCAGCAUCCAUUAUUUUGGAUACAGGAAUAUUGGGGUUUUUAUUGGUCAAUUAUAAAAUAGGAAAAUAUGUCUUAAGUAGAAAUACUCAACAUCUCAAAAACUUCAUUUCCAGUACCCAUAAAUUAGAUACUUUGAAAACUUUUUAUAAUCAUGCGAUUGAAAUUUUUUUAGUCUCAACCACUGAAGAAAAUAAAAAUGAUUUAAAUUGCAAUAAGGCAUCAGCAGGUAUGAGAGAAACUUACUGGUGUUCGGAAUACCAUAAAUGCCAUGCAUUAAAAGAAGCAGAUCAUAUUUUUUGUGUUUUAUAUUCAUCAACAGUACCAUCUCACACAAUGAGAUUGUUAACAAAAAAAACAUUGAAAACUUUAUUAUCUGAUAAACAAGUUUGUUGGUAAUGGUUACAAGGAA